ACUAAGCUAUACCCUCCCUCUCCCAGCAGUUCUCUUGAUAUCACGGGUGGGGGAGGUGGGCAAUGUGGAUCAGCAUGAUUCCAGACCAGAAUGGGGCCUGGGGAGCCUGUUCACUGAAUUUGAAAUGUCUGGGGCUCUUUGCCUUAUGAAUCCUUUGACCAAGAAAGGCUGGAUAACACAGUGCCUCAGAUCUGGGACAGCAGCCAGACUUGGGUUCAGUUCUAUUGUUCACUAGCUGGGUGGCCUUGGAUAAGGGGCUUAACCUCUUGGGUCCCAGUUUCCUUCUCAGUAAAAUGGGGACAAUAAUGGAACCGAUCCCUUAGGGCUAAUGUUACAGCAUUUAGCAUAUAGUAGCUGCUAGUUAAGGGACAGCCAUGUUUCAUGAUGGAUUGUCAAUGAUCAUUUAUUGAUUACUUUGUGAGCCAAAACACUUCAUGUGCCUGUACCUCACUGAAAUAUCACCAUUCCUCUGUAUGACAGGUACUGUUAUCAUAUUAUAAGAAACAUAAGGCACCUAACACCAUCUGCACAUAGUAGGUGCUCACCAAAAGCUAUAGCGCUCUUUUAUCAUGCAAAAGGGAAAAAAAGAUCAUGGAAAGGGCGCUUUACAAGGUAUGAGGUGCUACAGAAGUUUUUGUUACAAUUAUUACGUCACCCUUUGUGGUCAUAAUCCUUUAUUAUUCUGUAGAGCUACUGUGAUGGUCCCUUAGUUACCGUGGCCAUGGAAACGCAGCCUGCAGUUUUUGGUUGGAUGGUUCGCGGGCUCCCCCUGGAGGCCAUCUUCCGUUCCUGCAGUGGGACGACGGGGGCGGGCCUUUGAGAGGGGCGAGAGGGGAGCCGGGAGUUGUAGGCCACUGGCUGUGGUUGCCGUGGAGUGAUGCACGCCGGGAGUUGUAGUUCUGGGGAGAGGCGGUGGGCGGCCCCGGACCCAGCUCCGGCCUCGCCCGGAUGGCUGCCGCGACGUGCGCCUGCCGGCCCUGGGGCUCGCUCCUCGGGCUGCUCGGGCUGGUUUCGGCCGCGGCCGCCGUCUGGGACCUGACAUCGCUGCGCUGCAACUUCGGCUCCUUCUGCGAAUGUGACUUCCGGCCCGAUUUCCAGGGACUUGAGUGUGACCUGGCCCAGCACCUGGCUGGCCAGCACUUGGCCAGAGCACUGGUGGUGAAGGCACUGAAGGCCUUUGUGCAGGACCCUGCUCCCACCAAGCCGCUGGUCCUCUCCCUGCAUGGCUGGACAGGCACGGGCAAAUCCUUUGUCAGCUCCCUGCUGGCGCACUACCUCUUCCGGGGUGGCCUCCGCAGCCCCCAUGUGCACCACUUUUCCCCACUCAUCCACUUCCCCCACCCCAGCCACAUGGAGCGCUACAAGAAGGAUCUCAAGAGCUGGGUCCAGGGGAACCUCACUGCCUGCAGCCGCUCGCUCUUCCUCUUUGAUGAGAUGGACAAGCUGGCCCCAGGCUUGAUAGAGGUCCUGCGACCUUUCCUGGGCUCCUCCUGGGUUGUGUAUGGAACCAACUAUCGCAAAGCCAUCUUCAUCUUCAUCAGAUGGCUUCUGGCACUCGGGAAUCAUGGAAGAGCAUCUCCUGGACACCUUGGUGCCCUUCCUACCGCUCCAGCGGCACCAUGUGCGGCACUGUGUUCUCAACGAGCUGGCCCAGCUGGGCCUGGAGCCAAGGGAUGAGGUUGUCCAGGCUGUGCUGGACAGCACCACCUUCUUCCCUGAGGAGGAGCAGCUCUUUUCCUCCAAUGGCUGCAAGACUGUGGCUUCCCGAAUUGCCUUCUUCCUCUGACUCUCCAGGUGGCUUCCUUACCCUUCUCUACCUGACCAGGCCAUGCAGGAAAGCCCUGAGGCCUCUGCCAGUGGGUCCCUGUCCUGAGCCUCCUGGAGAGUGGGACCCAGAGCACAAUGUGAAGAUGAGGAGGGGUGUUGCCCAGGCCAUGAGACGGAAGGCCCAGGCAGGCCCCAGCCACUUAGCAGAGAGCAUUUUGGCUUUUGCUUCCUUCCUCAGGGAAACCACUGGUCACCGCAGAACUUCAGUGAGCCUUGAGCUCACCCUCCAGCCUGAGCCUUCUUAAAAUGUGAAUUAUAACUCAGGGAUGGUGGCUGGUGCCUGCUCCCUCGUUCGGUCAGUUACUCUCAGCCCUUGUUCUGGCACCACACCCCACCCUUCCAUCCCACACCCUGUGGCCCAGUACUGUAAAGCCAGGCUGAGGCUUCUGUCUCCAGGAAUAGAGGGACUCAAGCUGCCACUUGGGCUUGCCUUUUCAAAUUUUUUAUUUUGUAAAAGAAGAGAACGAAUACAAUAAAUUCAGCCAUGGGACCAGAGGAA